CCGCAAGCACUCGCUCAGAGCCAUGCUCAUGCGCAUUGACGGCUGCCUGGGCAAUUUGUCAGUACUCGUGGGAGAAUUUGGAUAUCCCCAUUUUUAACAUGGAUGAGUCUAAAAAUGCUACAAAUGCAGCUACAAAUGCAGCAACCCCUGAUUUUGAUGUGUAUGGUGCCAUGGACUGGAAAGAUGGUGUUGGAACCCUAACUGGGAGUGAGCUGAAGGUACACAUCACCACAACAGCUGAAAAGUUUAAGGUGAAUGAGUUUGGAGUCUUGGAGGUCCUAACAGAGGAGGGAGAAGAUGAGAGUGUGAAGAAAGCUCAUGCCACCAUUACAUGGGCAGUGCCCACUGCUCAGGAGGACAGUGCUGCGGUAGCCGUGAAAGAGAUAGAGGAGAUGCAGGAGGGGCAGUGGGCCCAGAGAGGCCUGGUGUGCGUGCGCUGCCAAAGGAAGGGCUCCCCCGUGGACUUCAUGUCUGAUGGCCUCCACUGCAGUGAGCGCUGUCUGCAGCAGGACCAGCAGGAUGAGCUGAAGCUAAAGAAGGAGGUUUCGAAGAGUAAUGGGGAGGUGGUGGGGGUCAGCCGUAAGAGGUCUUUGCAGCAGUACAAGAUGGACACCCCAGAGGUCCCGCCUGAGGACGAUGAUGAAGUCUAUGAGGAGAAAGACAGCAGGAAGACGACCCGUGGCGCGCCGCGAGGCAGGAGGAAACGGAGGGGGGACGCAGGCCUACUGAGACACACUGUUCCAUAUGGAGGGAAAAAGAAGUCUUGGUGUUGGGCCUCAUAUCUGGAGCAGGACAAAGCCAUUGCUGCCCCCACUAAACUGUUCAAAGAGCACCAGGCCUUCCCCCAGAGUAAGAAUGGAUUCCGGGUGGGAAUGAAGCUAGAGGGAGUGGAUCCAGAGCACCCCUCCAUGUACUGUGUGCUCACUGUAGCUGAGGUUUCAGGACACAGAAUACGGCUUCACUUUGACAAGUACUCCGACUACUAUGACUUCUGGGUGAAUUCCAACUCUGCAGACAUUCACCCUGUGGGAUGGUGUGAGAAAACAGGACACACGCUUCACCCCCCCAAAGGUUUAAAGGAUGAGGAGUUCAGCUGGUUGUCGUAUAUCAAGCUGAGCAAAGCCCAGGCAGCUCCCAAGGCCCUGUUUGAGAAUCAGAACACGACUGUCACUCCUUUAGGAUUCAGAAUUGGGAUGAAGCUGGAGGCCAUUGACAAGAAGAACCCCUCCUUCAUCUGUGUUGCCACAGUAACAGACAUGGUGGACAGUCGAUUCCUGGUGCACUUUGAUGACUGGGACGAGAGCUACGACUUCUGGUGUGAUGCAACCAGUCCAUACAUCCACCCAGUGGGCUGGUGUCAAGACAACGACAGGAUUCUCACCAAGCCUCCAGGUUACCCCAAUGUCAAGAAUUUCUCCUGGGGAAAGUAUCUGGAGGAGACCCACUCGUCACCGGCUCCUGCCAGGGCUUUUAAAGGGAAACCCCCCCACAGUUUCCAGCCACUCAUGAAGUUGGAGACGGUGGACAAGAGGAACCCCAUGCUUGUCAGAGUGGCCACCGUGGUGGACACUGAUGACCACAGGGUCCAGAUCCAUUUUGAUGGCUGGACGGAUGAGUAUGACUACUGGGUGGACACAGACAGUCCAGACAUCCACCCUGCGGGCUGGUGUGCUAAGACAGGCCACCCCCUCCAGCCCCCGAUCAGUCCACAGGAGCUGUUUGAGUCGUCUGAGCAGGGCGGAUGUCCCACCCCAGGGUGUAAAGGUGUGGGCCACAUCAAAGGAGCCCGCUACUCUGGCCACCACAGUGCGGUGGGAUGCCCAUACUCUGACAUCAACAUCAACAAGGACUCAGUGCUGCCAGACCGUCUGAGUGGUGAGAUGCCAGGGUCAGGAGGACUGGGGCGACCCCGACGGGCAGAACCCAACCCAGAUAUCAUCCCAGCUCCAGCUCUCACUGCAGACAAGCACUUAAGCGCCAACCCAAAUCACCUGGACAAGCCUGGCAGGGGCGAGAAGGCUGGCAUCGGGGUGGCGAGUGCCAUGGAGCGGUCAAUCAAGAAACCCGCCGGCACAGAGCCAAAAAGGAGGGUUGGGCGGCCAUGCAAACAGAGGAAGGUCGAGGAGCCGGUGGAGGAAGAAAUGGAGAGUGAGGUGUCAUGCAUAAUGGAAACCAAAGUAGAGCUGACACUACAGCAAGCCCUUCACCAGUCAGUGUUCAUGCCAUGCACCUCGCCAUCCCCUAGCAGCUCUCCUUUCUGCUGGGACCAGCACAGCAAGCUACUUCCCACUGUGGCUGGCAUCACUUCAAGCAAAGUGGCUUCAUGGACAGUGGAGGAGGUGAUUGAGUUCAUCCAAGGUCUUCCAGGCUGUAGGGAACACGUGCACACUUUCAGAGACGAGGAGGUCUACAGACAAAGAUGUGAAGCACAAAGAACCGUCCUUCCCAGCGGAUGCAUCUCAUGCGAACCGAAUUGCACAAGCUCUUCUUCUUUUUUUUAUUUUUAAGACAACCACAUUGCAUACUGAGAAUCUCCAAUAGGAAUCUCCAAUAGGAUUGUCAUUUUCAUAUUUUUUUUUAUAUUCGUGUUGGCGCGGUGCCACGAAGCUGUUCGAUCUACUUAAAAACUGAAUCUGGAAAUGCAGAGGACUAUGAGUUUAUCACCCUUCAGAUUUCCUUUAGUGCAUCACAAUCAAGCAACUUUUCAUCAUGUAGAAAGUGCCAUCUGCACGGGGGGUCUCUGGUAUUAUAGAAGAUGAUUGGCUUUAGCUGUUCCAGUCUCUCUGGAAUGCCGACGUCAUACAGGUCAAGAGAAAUGAAUACAUUCAUGAGAAAGUAAUCAUGAUUUUUGAUCCUUGUCACUUCUGUCUGUCUGAUGGGUUGGGGGUGCUGCAGGAGAAGGCUGUAUAUUUCAACCGAGAGGGGAAAGGGAUUUUUAUUCUCUCACCAAACCAACAGGGGCACCCUACUGUAAUAAUUCAAUGCACCAGGCCCUGCAUUUAAUUUCCCCAUGGUAAAUGCCCCCAACUCUUAUGUUUUAUGGAUAGCAAUACACAGUACCUGUAUAAAGACCAACGUGGGUCAUCUUGGUCUGUUUUCUUUCUCCUGUGUACUGUACAGUCACCUCAUCAGUACUGCUCAGGCCCUCUGGAGCAGUGACAAGUGUCUGUUUACAGUACUUUAAUGUACCAAACCCAGGGAACGGGUUUGGUUGAUUGAAUGAAAUAUAAAACAAAAGGCUAUCUAUAUGGACAUGGGUAUUUCUUCAUGUGGACAAUUGUUCACUAUUGUUGAUUUAUGUACUGCAAUUGUUAAAUAUAAUUGAAUAGGUACGUUGCUGAUAAUCUCAAAUAGCAUACUUAGUGUUCUUUAAAUAACGUUGACUGUAAAUGUGCUAUUUCAAUUUGCUUUGCCGACGCCUAAAGAGAACAAAAUGCCGGUUUAUGUUUUGCUGUUAUUUAUUUAUUUAAAUCUCAUACCGGUGGGUGAGACUGCUGUGUGCAGAAUUAUGCAAAAUAAUGUAAAUGGGGAAAGAGCUUGCUAUUUCUGAAGCUAAUAUAAUGAUGAAGCCUUUAAUUCCACCUGCAUUGACUCACAAAUAAAUACAACGAGAAGUACA